AUGUCAAAACCAAGAACUUUAGAAAGAGAAGAACCAAAUUAUUUUGGUGCAGGUCCAGCUUUAUUACCAACUGAUGUUUUAACCCAAGCUGCUUAUGAUUUAUUAUCUUAUGAUAACGAUACCAUCGGAAUUGGAGAGAUUUCACAUCGUUCAAAACCUGCAUCAGCUGUUAUCAAUGAUACAAAACAAAACUUACGUACUUUAUUGGAUAUACCUGAUAAUUAUGAAGUAUUUUUCUUACAAGGUGGAGGUACCACUGCAUUUUCAGUUGUUCCAUAUAAUUUAAUUGCCAAUUAUGCUAAAAGAACUGGUAAGAAGGGAAGAGCUGCUUAUGCAGUUACAGGUACCUGGUCAUCAAAAGCGGUAGAGGAAGCCAAUAGAUUAGGUUUUGAAGCUGACACUGUUGUAAACACAAAGAAAAUAAAUUAUGGAGAUAUACCACCAUAUUCUGAAUGGGAUCCAAUAAAGGAAGAUACUGCUUAUUUGUGGAUCUGUGAUAAUGAAACCGUUAACGGUAAUGAAUUCUUUGGUACUCCAAGUGAGGACUAUUUGCCGAAGGGAGUUGAAUUGGUUGCAGAUAUGUCAUCAAAUAUUUUGUCAAAGAAAAUAGAUGUUAGUAAAUACGGUCUUAUAAUGGCAGGUGCUCAAAAAAAUAUUGGUAUUGCAGGUUUAACUAUAUAUAUUAUACGAAAAGAUUUAUUAGAUCAAGCUUCAGAUGAACAAUUAAGAAAAUUAGAUAUAGCGUUAUGUCCAAUUGCUUUUGAUUUCCCAACAGUUGUUAAAAACAACUCAGCAUACAAUACUAUCCCAUUGUUUACAUGUCAAAUUUUAAAAUUGGUAACUGAGAAACUCAUAAAAGAAAAAGGAAUAGACGAAAUUGAAAAAACUAACAUCAAAAAAGCAAAAUUGUUAUAUGACACAUUAGAUAAAUAUGCUGAUUUUUAUAAAUUACCAGUUACAAAUCCAAAAGUAAGAUCAAAUAUGAAUGUUGUAUUCAAAACCCCAUCUGAGGAAUUAGAUGCUAAGUUUGUAAAAGAAGCAGAUGCUGCUAAUUUGAAAGGUUUGAAAGGUCAUAGAUCAACUGGUGGAAUAAGAGCUUCAAUUUAUAAUGCUGUUUCUUAUGCUAGUGUUGAAAAAUUAGUAAAAUUUGUUGAAGAAUUUGCUAAAAAUAAUUCAUAA